AUGGCAAAGCCACCUCGGGCAAACACUGUGUAUUCUUUCGUCGGUGGAGAGUGCGGUGGCGGAGAUGGCGAAGAUGACGGGGGUUUCGGCACUGAUGAACUUGCUUGUGCCGCAGAGCAUCCUUCAAAGUGGAAGCCCUCUUGGAAUUGGCCAUUCACCUGCGUGGUUCUGCCUUCUCCUGCGGCGAUGGAUGGCGAUGAUCUAGUGGUGGAAGUAGGUCAGACAAAGAACUACCGAAUGCACUCAAGGCAUGAAUACCUGCCGCUCACAGGGACGAAGGAGUCCGGUAUCGGUAUCGGUACUCGCACUCGCACUCGCUCACGUGCAGGCACGGCCCCCUUCGCUCCAAACAACACCACCGUCACCGGCUGGAGAUGGCGAGAACCUCGCCAGGCUCGACGUGCGCGAGCCGACGCCGAGGUCGGCCGAUCUUCUUCAUAUCCGUCAGCCGUUUCCUUCUCGUUCCAAGCGCUCGCCUCUCACGCACUGUGCCGUGCUGUCCUCGGGCUCACGGCGGCCUCCACUGGACGGUGCGGAAUGGGCGGCCAUGGAACUCGAAGAGACCCCUUCAUGGGCAUUACAUCUGGCGGUGUGCAUCAGCUUCCACCUCUGACCGGCAAGGACGUGAGGCCUGGGGGGCGGCUUGCCUCUCGGAACGGCGCAGCGGUACAGCGUGCAUGUACCGAGUCCAGGGAGGAGGUAGGCGUGAUGCAUACAGGCGUUCGAUUGCGACGAAGCCGGUCGGACAACCCAGGACGAUGCAUGUCCGCCCGAGAUGAAAUCGGCCUGGUGGAGGAGGGGCGGAAAUGGGGUCGUCUCCGCACGCUGCACGACGAGGCGGCCUUGCCUCCGGCAGCACAGAUCCCGGCGCUUCUGUCGUCAAACGGCUGCCCUUGGCCGACAAGUCUCUGGAGUACGAGCAUGACGUUCCAGGGCAUGUACAAUCGCCCGCACGCUGCCGUCUACCGACUGCCAGCAUGA